CUCUAUAGUAAAAUAGUCAUAGUACUCAUAGUAUACUAAGAAUACUAUUGUAGAUCUAGAUCUAUAGAUAUAUUCUAGACUAUAAAUAUAGAUCUAUCUAUACAGUAAUUGAUCUAGAACAUAAUUGGAUUUGACGAGUUUAAAAAUUAAAUGAUUGAAAUCAAUAAUUGAUUUAAUGAAAUAGUCGACGACACUCGACAGUAGUCAUUGAGACUCAUUGGUCAAGUCGGACUCAAGUCUCAUUUCAUUUGAGACAUUUGAGUUGAUUUGAGUCAAAAGUCGUCAAUAGUGACAAUAGUUGGUCAAUAGUCAAAUAAUACUGACACUCCUGACAGUGACAAUAGCCUUCAUUCCUUCAUCAAUAGGAAUUAUAGGGUCAAUAGGGAUUUAUAAUUAUUUAAUGUUGAAUAGAUUAUAUUAUAUAUUAUAGAUCUAACUUGUAGUUGUACUAGAUUACUACUACUAGACUUAGAGUUUGAGUUAGAGAAUAGAGGUCUAGAUCUAUAACUAUAUAACUUACUAGAUCUAGUCUACUAGAUAUCUAGAAUGAUCUAAUUCAUAAAUGCUCGAUUCAACUGACACUAAAGUCUGAGUCUUUAAGUUAACUUGAGAUCUAACUAACUAGUCACUAGUGUGACUAAUUUUUCUUUGGUAUCUUACUUUGAGGGAAGAAAACCAUGGCCAGCAGUAACCCCAAAGAGCAGGAAGAUAUUGAGCCUUUAGAACAUUUUGAUCAAAUUGUUAUUGCACCACACAAACUCAAGUACAUAAAUCCAAGACACAAGAAGGUCCAUGCUAUCAUGUAUGACUAUAAAUGUGAUAUUAAACUCAAAGUCUGCAAUGCCAAUUUUAAAGCCCACAGGGAGGUCCUAUCUCAAGCUAGUGAUUACUUCUCUGCAAUGUUUAGCCAUGACAUGUUAGAAAAAGAGCGGGACGUCAUUGAGUUGCUAGAGAUUUCACCCAACGGCUUCGCUCUGCUUCUCGACUACUUCUACCAUGGCCAUGUAACCAUUGACCAGGAUUCCAUUGAGGAUGUUCUAGAAGCUGCCAGAUUUUUUCAGGUGGACUGGGUGGUAGAUGUGUGCUGUGACUAUUUAGUUCAUCAACUCAGUAUAGACAAUUAUCAGACUGUCUUGCAGCUUGCAGACAAAUAUCUACUGGGUGACCUACGUGGGGAUAUCUUUCGCUUCCUAGGUCAGAAUGUCAUCAAGCUCUCUGAGGAAGAAGACUUUUACUUGAACUUUGACUUAGAACUGUUGACCAAGUUUUUGAAUGAAGAUGUCUACAUCGAGGCUGACGAGGAAUUUGUCUUUGAACUAAUUACCAAUUGGGUGAAUGCUAAAAAAGAACAAAGGCAAGAGUUUUAUCUCCCCUUGCUUCGCUUGGUGAGGUUUCCACUGAUGGAUAUUGAUAACUUAAUCUCAAUACAGCACAAGUUGGCUCCCUAUCCUGAGAUUCAAGACGCUAUAGAGGAGGCCAAGUAUUACAACAACAAUAUCCCUGCACAGAGUUUACUCAAAGGUAAACAGUUCAAAUGCCGAGGGUCACAGCCAAGUGUUGUCAUGUUGACAUUUUCUCCAGAUGUUUGUGCUGUCACAUACCAGAACAUUGCGACUGGUGUCUUGUGUCUGGAAGAACUAGCCAGCUCAGGUGCGGAGACAGAGUUUGAUUCCUCGAGCAUUGCUAAAGUCGGAAACUUUGUGUAUCGCUCUGGUGGCUACGAUGAGACUGUUUGUAGCAGUGCCACUGUGUUUCGAUUUAACCCACGGUACAGGAACUGGAUUCAGCUGGCCAGCAUGAGUUUCCCUAGGGUUUCACAUGCUAUGUGCUCGUCAGAAGACAAAAUCUAUGUUAUUGGGGGAAUAAAUCAUACAGUUGGGGAAUUUGGGGAUGAAGAUAACAUCCUGAACUCAGUUGAAGUGUAUGAUGUACGAGAGAAUCUAUGGCAAGAUCUUCCUCCUUUACCGGUAGGAUCUUACAACCAAGCAGCUGCUUUUGAUGACAAUUGCGUUUACUUGAGUGGCGGUAUAAGUGCUGACCCCUUUGACACUGUACCUAUGCAGUGUUUAUGGCAGUUUAACCUUGACCAAGGAAACUGGCGACCUCGUAGGGACAUGCUUUACAGUAGACAGCGGCAUUCGAUGACGGCAUUUAAUGGCAAGCUGUACGUUUUUGGAGGCCUAACUCGUGUAGGGGCAGAGGGUCAUGAAUUUCAAGAUUGUUUCAACUCUGAAGUGUACAGCAUCGAGACCAACCAGUGGACAGAGCUUCAGAGAAUUCCUGACACAUUUGGUCAAGUCAUGAAAACUGUUGGCUUUUGGAACGGUACUUUUUAUCUUAUGGGAAAUAACUCUUUACAUUAUUACCAGGUGGAUGAAGAUAAGAUGCAAUAUGGAGAUCACAUCACCAUGCCUGUUCAGAAAAUUGUGGUUCUUGAUGUGGCAUAUCCUUCUUAAAUUAUUAAAUUUAGAAUUUUUUUUGUAUUAGCUUAUACAUUAUAUAGAAAUGUACGAGUCCCUAUAAAUCUAUCUGCAUUACUUAUAUAAUUCAAAUCAGUGUUCAAAAUGAUUAUUUUUUGUAUUAUUUCUUAAUAAUCUAUAAAAAAAAAUAUUUUUUUCUCCAGUAUUUUAAACUUAUUUUAAAAAGCACAUUCCGAUUGUUAAAUUUUGGAUAUACAUUAGUCAAUGCCCAAAAUGAUUGUAUUCAAUGACUUCUGUAACUCCAGAUGGUGAAGACAUACUCAUCGAUUGCUUUUGAUGACUAUCUUUUGGACCAAAUAAUAACUUCAUAUUUCAUUAAUGAACUUUCAGAGAGUGAGCACAAUAACCCCAAUGGUUUAUUUAUUUAUUUAUUUUUUAAAAAAUAAUCUUACAAUAAUUAACAUGAAAAUAAAAUGAUUGUAGUGUUGUUGUUUUUUUAAAUUGCCCGCAUAUUUUUAUAAAUUAUACAUCCUGUGAUCAAUUUAAAACUUUUUAUUUUAAUAUUUCUGAAGUGAUUUGUCUUUUACUUGAUAUUUUUAAAUUUUAUAUUUCUAUUUUAUUUUAUUCCUGACUCCACAUUUGGUUUACUCUUGACUCCACAUUUGAUUUUAUUUUACAUUUUCCUGAAUUUUUUAGAUUUUUUUUUUUUUUGGUCUAAAAAAAAAUUAUUGAUCUGGCACAAUCUGCCAUUUGAUUACUUUAUACUUUAUUAUAGAGAUCUAUAAUGUGAAAUCUCCUUUAAGCAUUAGUGGACAGUAGAAUGUUCUAUAUCAGGUAUAUAAAAAAAAAAUUGGUUUCUUUUAGACUAUUUCUAUUUAAAUAAGUUAUUGACCUGUCGUUUGUUUCAUUGAAUAGAUUGCAUUAUUACUGCCAACUGCUAUAUAAAAUUAUUAGGCAAAUUAUUAUCAAAUAUUUACUGCACAGUAGAAAAUAUUCGAUUAUGGCUUAGAGAGCAUUUGUCAGAUUCAUAUACUUCAUAUUUGCCUUUGAACUGAGCUUAGAAAUGCCAGUAGAAUAGAAACCAAGCCAAGCAAUGUAGUGCUGCUUGUACUUUCACACAUGUAUCUCUGAUUAUUUGUCAAAAGUUUGCAUACAAAUAUCAUUAAAUUCUAUGGUCAAACAUAGGUUGGAAGUGCAGUAAUUAUUAAACAAUUUAUAUAUUAUAUAUUUAGCUCCUCCCUCAUAGUAGACAAUGAGCUCAAUCACAUUUCCUAUGAACUGGAAGAUGGCUUUGAAGACUAAUCUUCGCACUGAAAAGCCAACCGCACAUGUGGAACAAGUAGAUUGUGUUGGUUGUGUCUUUUUUUUUGUGGUGAUCUGGGUUCUCUUCUGAUGGUUGUCAUCCUUGCCUGCUAGUUUAAAACAUAACAUUUACAGCUUAGCAAGGGCCAGCAUUUCCCAGUCUUGGAUAUCGAUUGCACGUUCUUUGAACAUUUUGUCUUUUUGUACUAUUUAAAAUUGUCGAUCUGUUUUAGAUUCAUAUUCUCUUGAUUUCAGUCGUUUUUUGACAUAAUAACCUCCAGAUUGUUGUCAAGGUAACCUCCACAUCUAUAGUUUAGUCCAUUCCAGCAAAAGUCUCUUCAGAUUAGCUACUAUUUCUUGUUGUUUUGUUGGCUUGUUGUGAUCUCUUCCAAACCUUUUCAAUCAAUUUGAUGUUUGGGCAUUUUAUUGUUAGAACUGCUGUCAUAAAGACAGUUUAUGUAAAUUAUAACAUGUAUUAUCAAAGCUGUUCAGUUUCAUUAUUGUUCUUUAUUUUUUUUUAUUGGUGUAGGUAACAGACAUCUAAUAUACCUUUGAUUUGCUCGGAUUCACUAUUCACAUCUGUUGUUGAAAGUUGUAAAUCUAUCUUGAUAAAGAUUUUUCUGAAAUCAUUAUUAUUCGUUCCUUGACUUUUGGUCUUUCUUUUUCAUGUACUUGUGAAAGUUGAAUCGUUGGGGCGCCACAUAAGAUCUGUUAACCCUCUUUCUAAAUUCUUCUGUCUUUUGCCUAGGAUAGAAUUUCAUUCAAUGACAGGAAUGUCCAUUCUUUUAUGUUGUCCAGCCAGCUUUUCUUUGUGCUUCUUCCACUGUACCAAUUCAGAAAUAGUAGAGGGAAAAUCUUUUUUUUUUUAAAUAAUUGUAAGCUGUCACCUGAGAAAAGAAGCCAGUUAUAGAAAUAUAAUAAUUUGUUUGAAUAUUUGAUUAUUAAGUAAUUAAAUGAGAUAAACUUAUUUCUAAAUGAUAAUAAAUGUUUUCUGAUGUAGUAAAUAAAGGAAAUAAUGGAUUUUGUUUUGUUGUUGUGCUAUGGAAGUUCUGUAACUCAGUAAGAUUGCAGAUGUUAGAAAACAAAAGAGUUCCUAAAAUAUUUCUUUAAUUAAUUUUUUUAAUGAGAGUCUAUUCAGAUUUGUGGUAGUACUAAUUUAUUGUCUGUUUUUUUGUGAAAAAAUAAAGACGGUUAGUGCAAGUAAGGAGCAUUAUUGACAUUUAAUUUUCAUUGCAGAUAGUUUGAGAAAGAAUUUCUUGGUCAGUUGAGUUAAAUGAACAUCUCUAGGUCAGUGUAGAUAAUUUCAGAAAGAAUCUCUUGGUCAUUAUACAUUUAUUUGUCAUUGCAGAUAUCUUCGAAAAGAAUCUUUUGGUCAGUAAAACUAACUGAACAUAUGUACACCUACUACGGGUUGCAAUGAUAUGUUAUACUAGUCUGUGACUGAUGUUAACAGAUUUCAUUGUUACGGAUAUUUAAAGAUUAAAUCAUAGUUUUGCAAGACUGGAACCAGAUUUAUUUUAACUAAUGUGUACAGUGUUUUUAAAAAUAGACCAAAAAAAAUUAUGAUUUCCCAAUGAGGCUUUUUUUGUCCCUCUAAUUGUACAAACUAAUGGCUAAUCUCAUCCAGAGAGCUUGCCGCGCAUGAAUAAGCAUUUCUUCUUCUUCAUCGUUCUCAUUGUUAUGUUGGAGUGUUCAUAUGACUAGACCAAUAUAUGAGAUGAACUGCGCAGUGGUUUCCAAAUCAGGGAGCUCUCCAUAUAGUUUUCUUUCUAUUGGGGUGAUUUGGGGCCAAUGUCUUAUACGGGCCUCUUGGAAGAGAGAGCAAUUUUGGAGGACGAGGUCGGCAUUUUCUGGUGAUACUCCACAUGGGCAGAUUUCACUGGUUCCAAUUUUGAGCUUCCGGUACAUGUGUUGUCGCAUUCUGUUGUGUCCGGUCCUGAGUCGAAAGAUUAGACGUUGGUCUUGUCGGGAUAAUGAAUAAGCAGAAUAUGAACAUUUUAAUAAUGCUAUCAUACCAUGGGCAUUCCUUAAAUAUAUUGACUAAACUGUUGCCAAAUCAGUGGUGAACUAAUUUUGUAAAUGAAACAAUAACUGCUCAUCUAUCUAAACAUUGCUCUACAUUUUCUAAACAUUUUUGCUCGAGCAACGCACUAAAACUCAGUUACAGACUGACUGACAUUUGGCUGUAAAAUAUAUUAAGCCACAUAAGAAUUAUAUUCAAAUAUUAAAAUUGUGUUGUGGAUUUAUGUUUUUUUAUGAUUUUUCCUUGAGCUGAACAACAAUUUGUUUGACACUGCUUAUUAUUUCUGACGAAACACAACUUCUUACAUUUUUCUGCGGUCGUUUCUGUCCUUGAUGUAAUGAAAACUGAAUAGAAUUUAAUUUAUUGAUCACUAAUUUACUGUUACAUUUUUGCAUCAUCUUUUAACUUUAUGAACAAUAUUUUAUACUUUUUUUUUCUUUUAUAUAUAAAUUUUUAUCAAUUUAGAUCUAUUAUCUGACAUUAUUUAGUCUUUCACUUUAAAAGAAUAAAUUUCUGAAUUAUCUUCA